CCGGUACGAUAGGGUCCCCGUUCGUUGGUACCUGGUGGUGGCGUUAAUCGGCGUCAAUUGCAGGGUGAUAGCGAACGAGUGCUGACACACAUUCGUUUUACAUACACACCUUUCGCCGUGUCAAUACUGACGAUCGUGCGUGCAUUCCAGUGACACCGCGGUUACCAAGGACUGGUUUGACCAGCCUUAAGGCAUACCUUCCUUCUGGUUGACGGUGAUGCACGCUCCAAGUGAAAGGAGUUAGGAUAGCGGAAGUGAGUGAGUUACCAACACAGUGACCAGCGCAGUGAAUGUGCGGCUCCGAAUGUACCGAUGCAACGCGGAUGCACCGCUGUGACCGCGUCGGUGUGAGAAGGGCACCGACAUCUACGACGACGACGACGACGACGACGAUGAUGACGGUGAUGAGGAUGAUGGUGAUGGAGUCUGUAAACAAAUCGCCAAAAAAGACCGAUAAGCCGUCGGACGAACUGCCUGCAGCCAGAAGUGCAAUAAGGAACGGUGAUGCCGAUGGCGGUAGUAAUGUUGUUAGUGGUGGUGGUAGUGGUGGUAGUGGCGGCUGUGUGCUCGGGAUAGACGAACGCACCGGGCGAUUGCAGUGGUGCCCCGGGUACAGGUUCGUGCGGAUCCUGUUCGUCAUACCGGCUGCGAUGCUUCCGAUCGCUUUGCUGUUUCUGCUGUUGUCUCGCUUUCAGGUGGUCGGUUCCGAGGUUCCGGAGCACGCCCAACAGCGUGGUGCUGGUUGCGGAGGGAUCGGCUACUUUGCGGACGGUAACGAGCUCGCCGACGAUGACGUCCUGUCCGGAUGGUCGGCCACGGAUCAGCGCAUCAAUGCGGAACGCUGCCUAUCGUUGGCUACAGGUGCCGGUGAAGAACAGACCGACCCCGAGGCCGAUCGUGGUCUGCUGCGUCACAUUUUGCGUACCUCGUUCGUACCACCGAUCCCGGAGCACGGGCGACUACCGGGGUGCCAGCAUACCGGGCUACGUGACAACGCACCAGAUGCCUCACAAGACGAUGUACCAGAUGUACCGGAUGAUACCGCUGGCUCCGUUCCGCACAAUGGUACGAAGGCAUCGCGCCGUGUGAAGAAAUCGCUUGCCUGGCGCCUGGUGGACAGCAAGAGCCCUGAGAGUAUCCGGGCGGCGCAGGUCGAGAUCAUGCGGAAGCACAUGGACGAGCGGGCAGAUCCGUGUCAGGAUUUCUACCAGUACGCCUGCGGCAACUGGGACCAGGUGAACCCGAUACCGAAGGACAAGGCGGCUCUCGAUACGUUCGAGCUGUUGCGCGAGAGUCUCGAUCUGGUGCUGAAGAACCUGCUGCUGGAAGGUGUCGAGCAUGACCUUCCGGAGCUACCGGAUAUCGAGAAUACGCUCGGUUCAACGACGACAACGCCGGUGGCGACCGCAGCGGCUGUCGAAACGACCGCUGAGCAACUGCAUCGCGUGCGUAAACGCAUACCGAAGCGGAUGCCACGGGCCGUCCAAAACAAACUGAUCAUCCGGUCGACGCAGGUGAAGCGGGUCCGGAAGCGUCGCCAGCUCACAACCACGACGGAGAGGGACUCGGCGGAAGAAGAUUACGAGGUACGAGCCGAGGACGAAGAUGCUGAAACCAAGGCACGGCAUCUGUUUGUCUCCUGCAUGAACUACGCGCAAAUCGAGCAGCGAGGGUUGGAACCGCUGCACGCACUGCUGGCCAGUCUGGGCGGGUGGCCGGUGCUUGAUCCUGCAUGGGAUGCGCGGAAUUUCGACUGGCUAAACCUAACCGCCCACGUACGCCGCUACAACAAUGACAUCCUGAUCGUACAGUGGGUCGGUCCGGACAUUAAAAACUCCGACGAAAACAUUGUUCAAUUCGAUCAGACCUCACUCGGGCUACCGACGCGGGAUUACUAUCUGCAGCCAGCGAACCGGAAGUACCUUGAUGCCUACCGGCAGUUCAUGAUCGAGGUAAUAGAGUUGCUGGGUGUGCCGACAGGCCGUGCCCGGCAGGCGACGGACGAGAUGCUGGAGUUCGAGAUACAGCUGGCCAACAUAACGAACCCGCCGGAGGAGCGCAACAACGUAUCCACGUUGUACCGUAAGAUGAUACUGGAACACUUGCAGGACGAGAUACCGGAGAUCGAUUGGUCCGGCUACCUGAAGAUCGUCACUGACCGGCCGGUUAAUUCGUCCGAGUUCGUCGUCAUGUUUGCGCUCACCUACAUGCACGAUCUGGUGGAGCUGAUCGAGCAGACGGAACCGCGCAUCGUGGCCAACUACAUCCUGUGGCGGUUCGUGCGCCACCGAAUCAACAAUCUCGACGAUCGCUUCCUGGGCGCGAAGCAGCGUUUCUCGAACGCACUGUUUGGACGCGAGAAGAACCCACCGCGCUGGAAGAACUGCGUGACGCAGGUGAACGCAAACAUGGGCAUGGCGGUGGGAGCGAUGUUCGUGCGGCGCUAUUUCGACGAAACCAGCAAACGGGACACGCUAACGAUGACGCACGAGCUGCAGCAGGCAUUCCGCGAGCUGCUCAACCAGACCGAAUGGAUCGACGGGCCGACGAAACGGUUGGCCGAGCAGAAGGUGAACGCCAUGUCGCUCCGGAUCGGCUAUCCGGACUUUAUCCUAUCGCCGGGUGAACUGAACUCACGCUACGCCGGCCUGUCCGUGCACCCGGAGCGCUACUUCGAGAACACGCUGAACGUGCUGAGCCACAUCCGGCGCACGGAUCAGGAGAAGCUCGGCCAGCCGGUUAACAAGACGGUCUGGCAUACGGCGCCGGCCGUAGUCAACGCCUACUACAGCCGCAACAAGAACCAGAUCAUGUUCCCGGCCGGUAUCCUGCAGCCCCCGUUCUACCAUCGUCACUUUCCCAAAUCGAUCAACUAUGGCGGCAUCGGGGUCGUAAUCGGGCACGAGCUUACCCAUGGAUUCGACGAUAAGGGCCGGCUGUUUGAUCACGAUGGCAAUCUGUACCGCUGGUGGAGCGACGGUGCAAUCGAAGCGUUCCACGAGCGGGCCGCCUGCCUCGUGCAGCAGUACGGCAAGUACACGAUCGAUGAGAUCGGUGUCCAGCUGGACGGGGAGAAUACGCAGGGUGAGAACAUCGCCGACAACGGGGGCAUCAAGCAGGCCUUCCUCGCUUACACGCGCUGGCUCGAGGCACAGACGGAUCCACGCGUCCUGGAGCAGGAAACUCUGCCCGGCCUCAACGUAACCAACCGGCAGCUGUUCUUCCUCAACUUUGCCCAGAUCUGGUGCGGCGCUAUGCGGCCCGAGGCGACGCGCAGCAAGCUCAAGACGGCCGUCCAUAGCCCCGGGAGGUUCCGGGUCAUCGGGACGCUCUCGAACUCGGAGGACUUUGCGCGCGAGUUCAACUGUCCCAUCGGGAGCAUCAUGAAUCCUGUGGAGAAGUGUAGCGUAUGGUAACGCCGGGGCCACGCCGGACGUAACCGGUGGUUACGGGUUUUGCGUGUUGUAAAUAAGAAACUGGCGGCCCAACGGCUGCUCCGGCUGCUGCUGUUGGGUGGCCUUGGCGUAAUCGAAUCCUCAAUAAUAAAGUAUCUUCAUGCC